AUCGUACCACGAGAUCGUUUGGUGGUCAAUGGUAUCCGCGCGUAGACGACAUCGCCUCUACUUUAUUGCUGUUAGUAUAUAUGCUGCAGUGAUGGACUGCUUUAUGUUCUCCCAUAGACCAGACAUCCUCGUUCUCCGUUAACAUCAGAGUCUUCAUAUAUGGUGCUUGUCAUCCGAAAUUCUCUUCAUGAGGCCUCGACAUAUUCGACGUCAUAGAAAACUACAUCACUCGCAAUGUUCGCCUGGCUGACGGGUCGCUACACCAAGCGUCCGAUCCUCUUGGAGCUUCGAAGCUCUAGUACAUUCAUCAUCAUUGUAAUAUGUAUUGCCAUCUUCACUGACAUCUUCCUCUACGGAAUCAUCGUCCCUGUACUCCCCUUUGCCCUCAACUCCCGAGCUGCAGUUGCUGAAGAUGACACCCAAACCUGGAUCUCCAUCUUUCUGGCCGUCUAUGGUGCCGCGCUACUGGUCGCAUCUCCGAUCUUCGGCUGGUGCGCGGACAAGAUCGAAUCUCGACGAUGGCCAAUGCUGGCUGGUCUCAUCGCAUUGGGCGGGUCGACCGUCCUUCUAUGCAUUGGUAGAAGCGUAGGGGUGCUCAUCGCCGGCCGUGUGCUUCAAGGCGUCAGCGCUGCUGUGGCAUGGGUGGUCGGUCUAGCUCUGCUGGUCGACACCCUCGGAUCGGAGCAGCUGGGAAUGGCCAUGGGCUAUGUGGGAUUGGCUUUGUCUCUCGCACUACUUCUGGCGCCUCUGCUCGGAGGCAUUGUAUUCGCCGAGGCUGGAUACUAUGCUGUCUUCGCUAUGGGUUUUGGAAUUAUCAUUCUCGAUAUCUUCCUACGAUUGGUCAUGAUCGAGAAAAAAGUUGCUCGACGGUGGUUGCCAGAUGACACUCCGCCUGUCGAGACGACUUCGCAAACCAAGACAGAAAAGGAGGCAGAUGUCACAGAUAUCGUCUCCGAUGAGCCCGACAUUGAGCGCGGCAGCCGCUUGCCGCCCGUCAUCUUCCUCCUGAGCUCCCGUCGCCUCCUCUGCGCACUCUGGCUCUCAGCCAUGCAGGCCUCUCUCCUGACCUCCUUCGACGCGACCUUGCCAUUGUUCGUAGCCGACACCUUCGGCUGGAACUCCACCGGUGCCGGACUAAUCUUCCUCCCAAUAGUGGCCGCGACCUUCGUAGGACCCGUCAUAGGCUGGGCAUCGGACCGCUUCAACAUCGCCCGAUGGCUGGUGACAAGCGGCUUCAUCCUCGCCGUGCCGUUCCUGAUACUCCUCCGUCUUGUGGACCACAAUGGUAUGGAGCAGAAGGUGCUGCUAUGCGCGCUGUUGUGUAUGAUUGGCCUCGGGCUCACGCUCGCCUUGACCCCGAUCAUGGCCGAGAUCGCUUACGUAGUCGAUACCAAGGAGAAGAAGCACCCACCUGGGUUCUUUGGCAAGAACGGUGCGUAUGCUUCCGCAUAUAGUCUGUUCAACAUGGCUUGGGCGGCUGGCUGCCUUAUUGGUCCGCUGCUGGGUGGAUUGAUCAACUCGUCCAAAGGCUGGCCAACGAUGACGCUCGUUCUGGGUUGCUUGAGCGCGUUCACUGCCAUACCCGCCGUCAUCUGGACGAGUGGGAGUCUGUUCAAGCUGCGAAGGAAGGUGCGCACGCAGUCGAGUUGA